UUCCGAAAAAAAAUUCUGCACAUGGUAGUACUUGUGCGGUGUUGAUCUGUAAAGUUUCAAGUUCAAAUGUUCUCUUAUUUGGGAGAAACACCAAAUAGAAAUUUGGAUGCAUGAACUUUGAUGCAAAAAUGAACGGUGAUGAUAGAGGGUACACUAGUAUGGUAUGGUAGUACAAUCAAAACUUAUCUUUUUUCAUGAUAGAGGGUUCAAGUCCUAGAUUUGGCAUUGAUUGUCGCAUUUUUUUUGGAUAUUUCAGGCUCUUCGGCGAUAUGCGUUCAUUGGGAGGAGACGUUUCCAUUGACUACAAAGACGUGUGUGAUUAUUAGGUCUGUUGUGUACAUGUAAAGUUAUCGAGGUGUGUUUUAACAACUUUUUUUGGGAUCAAAAAUUACCGUGAUGUUUGUACUUAAGUCAUGUAGUCUAUUAUGUGUAUAUUAUCAUGCUAUUUCCGUGCCAAGUCAAGAACUUUUCUCGUCUGGGUCAAAGGUAUCAUUGUGUUUGCACGUAAGUUAUCAGACAUGUGGUGUGUAAAUUACCAUGAUAUUUAUACAGAAAUUACCGGCGGCAAGUUUCAACAACAAAAAUUCUUGUAUCCAAGUAAAAAUUACAUGUAUCCAAGUAAAAGGUUAGUUGGAACAAAUACAUAUCCACUUGCUAGUUGAGUUGGUUAGUAUUGUAUGGAUAGAAUGGAGAGGGCAAGAGUUCGAUUCCUCUAUGACACGCGCAUAAUUUUUUACUUGGCACAAAAAUAACAUGCUUUAAAUGGCAGUACUAAUUAGGAGCUCAUUAAACACGCCAAUUAAGGUACGGGGGAAUUAAAUCGUGCUAAUGAAUGGUCCAUUAAGAGAUCAUUAAGACACGGGAGAAUUAAAUCAUGCUAAUUAAUGCCCAGGAGAAUAAACCGGGUCAAUUAAGAGAUUCGAACGAUUAAAUCCCGCUAAUUAAGGCGAUGCGGAAACGGGAAUCCGAUUAUUUUGUUUCCCCUUUUUCUGGCGGCUUCAUACCAGUGGCGCUAAGAGUCUUUUUUUUUUCUUCAAAAUUCGAAAGGUGCAUUUCCGUUUGUAUCCAGUGAAGGAUUCAGCCGGUGAGCCGGACAAAAAUCUUAGAGCCAAGCAUCGCGGCCUCGAGGGUUGACAGCACCUGCACACAAUAUAAAACACGGCCCAAGGCCACCCUCCGUAUUCGUGCGAAGCAGAAAUCCAGAUCCAGGGAGGUACACUGUAGCUUCAACAUGGAAGACUACUCGCAGGUGCCCUUUGCAUCCCUCUGCGGCCUUGCCGUCAUCGUAGCAGGGUGGCUCGCGCACUGCGUGUACAAGUGGACGAACCCGGCGUGCAGCACCGGGAGGCUCCCUCCAGGCUCCGUGGGCCUCCCUCUCGUCGGCGAGACCUUCCAGUUCUUCAAGCCAAGCCCAUCCCUCGACGUGCCGGUCUUCUACAAGGAAAGACUGAAAAGGUACGGGCCGGUGUUCAAGACGAGCCUGGUGGGGCAGCCGGUGGUGGUGUCCAUGGACGCGGAGGUGAACCGCAUCAUCUUCCAGCAGGAGGGCAAGCUGUUCCGGAGCUGGUACCCGGACACCACCAACAACAUCUUCGGCAAGGAGAGCAUCGCCUCCUACGACGGCUCCUUCCACAAGUACAUACGCAGCUUCGCGUCCAGGCUCUUCGGCCUGGAGAGCCUCAGGGACGUGCUCCUCGCCGAGAUGGACCGCAACGUGAAGCACAGCCUCGCGGCGUGGGCCGCGGAGCCUGCCAUCGAGGUCAAGGACGCCGUGGCCAACAUGGUCUUUGACCUCACGGCCAAGAAGCUGAUUGGGUUCGGUCCCGAGAAGUCUAGGAAACUCAGGAAGAACUUCGAUGCCUUCUUCCAGGGGUUGGUUUCCUUCCCGCUGUAUUUCCCUGGGACAACAUUCUACAGAUGCAUACAGGGAAGGAAAAAUGUGCAGAAGGUGCUCAAGGACCUACUGAAAGAAAGGCUCAGCGCACCUGAAAAGCGACACGGUGAUUUCCUCGACGAGGUGGUGAACGAGCUACAGAGUGGAAGGGGAGUGGUAGACGAGAAGUUCGCUGUAGACUUGAUGGCCGCCCUCUUGUUCGCCAGCUUUGCAACGGUAUCGUCAUCGCUCACGGUCGCUAUGAAGUUCCUCAGCGGCCACCCGAAUGUAGUGGAGUCACUCAAGGAGGAGCAUGAAGCAAUUCUGAAGAAAAGAGAAGAUGGCAGGUCCGGGAUCACAUGGGAAGAGUACAAGUCCAUGACUUUCACUGCUCAGGUUACCAAUGAGAUAGCUCGCGUCAGUAACGUGGCCCCUGGAAUAUUCAGGAAAACACUAACGGACGUGCAAGUGAAAGGAUACACUAUUCCGGCCGGCUGGCUGGUGAUGAUCAGCCCCAUGGCUGUCCAUCUGAACCCAGAGUUGUUCAAAGAUCCGUUGACAUUUAACCCAUGGAGGUGGCAGGAUGAGUCGAAGAAGAGCACCCUGCUGAAGAACUUCAUGCCAUUCGGAGGGGGCAUAAGGCUCUGUGUGGGAGCAGAGUUCAGCAGGAUUCAGAUCGCACUCUUCCUUCACGCCUUGGUGACAAAGUACAGAUGGAAGGAGAUAAAAGGUGGCGAAGUACAACGCGUAUCGGAGAUCGUGUUUCCGAAGGGCUAUCACAUCCAGAUAAUCCCUAGGGAGGGAUAAAAUGAUUCAACAAUGGAAAACUCGAUGGCUCUUGAUACAAGAAAGAGAGCCUACUGUAUCGCAAGCAACUUGAUGGAUAAUCUUACUUCCUCAUAAGUUGGGGAUUGGCAGAAAAAUGGCAGCGAUAGUUUCUCUACCAUCUCUCCUCUAUAAAAUGUGACUCUCCAACAUGUGACUACCAGUCUACUACUAUCUCGUUAUUUCCCACGUCCUCCAUCAUCUUGUCAUGGAAUUUCUAAACUCAUACUCCAUUUGUCCGAAAAUAAGUGUCUCGAUUUUGUACAAACAUUGUUACAAAGUUAUAUUGAAGUCUAAUAAAGUUAGGACAUUUAUUUUGGGA